AUGGCUUCUGAUCUGUUGAGUGAAGAAAGGAGUGAUGAGGUGAGUGGUCUUGAUACCAGCCUUUCGGCUCAGGCUUACUAUUCUCGCUCUUAUCUGCCCAUAUUCCAGAAUGGUUCUGCUACUAAUUGGUUCCACUACUCGGAUGAAGCUAGAAACCACAAGAGGCUUAAACGAACCCAAAGUAUAGCUGAAUCCAUCGGAAGUAAUAGCAGCCUUUAUAGUGGUGGAAAAAGCUAUAGUAACAGCAGCAGCAGUUUUAUCAACCGCAGUAGCAGUACUAAUAGCUUGAAUAGCUUGCCAAGGCUCCAUUUUCGAGAUCAUAUAUGGACUUAUACUCAAAGAUACCUUGCAGCUGAAGCUGUGGAAGAAGCAGCAGCAGCCAUGAUCAGUGCUGCAGAAGGUGAAGUUGAGGAAGAUGGAAGUGGGGACGGGAUGAGGUUGGUUCAGCUUCUCAUUGCUUGUGCUGAAGCUGUGGCUUGUCGUGACAAGACACAUGCCUCAUCGCUAUUAUCAGAGCUUCGAGCCAAUGCUUUAGUCUUCGGCUCUUCAUUCCAGCGUGUGGCAUCCUGCUUUGUCCAAGGCCUCGCGGACCGGCUGUCUUUGGUUCAACCACUUGGGGCAGUUGGUUUUAUAGCACCGUCCAUCAACCCAUUGGACACAGCCUGGGAGAAAAAGGAGGAAGCCUUACGUCUUGUUUAUGAAAUUUGCCCACAUAUUAAGUUUGGUCACUUUGUGGCCAAUGCUUCAAUAUUGGAAGCCUUUGAGGGAGAGAAUUUUGCCCAUGUCGUUGACUUGGGCAUGACACUUGGCCUAGCACAUGGUCAGCAAUGGCGCCAGCUGAUCCAUAGCCUAGCCAAUCGUGCAGGCCGACCACCACGUCGUCUUAGGAUCACUGGUGUCGGCCUUUGUGUAGACCGGUUCAAAAUUAUAGGUGAGGAGCUUGAGGCUUACGCCCAGGACUUGGACAUAAACUUGGAGUUUUCAGCAGUGGAAAGCAACUUGGAAAAUCUUCGGCCUGAAGACAUCAAACGUGAAGAUGGGGAAGCUCUUGUUGUCAACAGCAUCCUUCAAUUGCACUGUGUGGUCAAGGAAAGCCGCGGAGCUUUAAACUCGGUCCUGCAGAAAAUCAACGAGCUCUCACCCAAGGUUUUAGUCCUGGUUGAGCAGGACUCAAGCCAUAACGGACCCUUCUUUCUUGGGAGGUUCAUGGAAGCACUUCAUUACUACUCUGCAAUCUUUGACUCCCUAGAAGCAAUGCUACCUAAGUAUGAUACUAGGCGCGCCAAAAUAGAACAGUUUUACUUUGGGGAGGAGAUAAAGAACAUAGUGAGUUGCGAAGGGCCAGCAAGGGUGGAGCGGCAUGAGAGGGUGGACCAGUGGCGCAGGAGGAUGAGUCGUGCCGGGUUUCAGGCUGCACCCAUUAAGAUGAUGGCUCAGGCCAAGCAAUGGCUGGGGAAAGUUAAGGCCUGUGAAGGGUAUAAUAUUAUGGAAGAGAAGGGAUGCUUGGUGCUGGGCUGGAAAUCAAAGCCUAUUGUGGCAGCCUCUUGCUGGAAAUGCUGA